AUGAAACUUUCCACUGGAAGAUUAAUUAAUACUUUUAAAGGACAUGAAUAUCAUGUUUGUACAUUACAAAACGUUGAGAAUAUAUUGGUUUCUGGAUCUGCUGACAAGAAAAUUUGUAUAUGGGAUCCCUCAAAUGGCAAGUGA